AUGAAGUUCGCUGGUAUCAUCGCUCUGUUCGCUCUCCUCCUCAUCGCUCAGGUCUCGAGCUUCCAGUUCGCCCUCCAGAUGAAGGGCUACUGCACUCAGGGAUGCCAGCUGAAGGGCGGCUCGCAGACUGUGACCACCACGAUCUCCUCCUCGGACGAUGCCGUGAAGUUCUCCGUCGCCUCUGUGAUCGGUACCUACGCCACCUUCAACAUCAGCGACCCCAGCACUGGUUUCAGCAAGGGCGACAUGUCAUUCGGUACCCACCUCGCCCGCACCCACACCGUCGAGUUCGAGGCCUUCAACCCGGCUACCCAAAUCCCCGGCGCUGAGGGCAUGGUCGUGGUCAACGAUGUCUACAACGUCAAGGGCGGCUCGGGUGCCUUCGACGGCGCCACCGGCAUGAUCUCGGCCACCGCCAGCGUCAACACCACCUCGGGCUACUCCGAGACCUUCGUGUACGGCGUCAUCUUCCCCAAGGCCCACUAG